AUGGGUGCUGAGACUUCGCGCCGUUUACAUUCACGUAAAAAACAUGAACCGAUAUCAUCGGUGCCACCAGCAAAUGGAGCACCAGCUUUAGUAUCAGACGAUCAACCAAAACCUCUACCAAUAGCACCAGAUACUGAAACAGUUCGAAGAAAAAAACAUCGACAAAUGGAUAGAUUAAGACGAACAUUAAGUUUUCGUAGUAGAAAAAAAGGCAAUCGAGCUAAUGAUCCAAAUUGUAAUAAUAUUAAUAAUAAUAAUAAUAAUAAUAAUAAUCAUUCAACGACAAAUGCAAAAACUGCUAAUAAUACAACGACAGCAACAGCAACUACUGAAAAUAAACCACCACAAUGGCAAGAUGAUGAAAAAGCUGUACGUGGUGGUGCUUGUAAUUUUAAUGUUAAGUAUCUUGGAAGUGUUGAAGUACAAGAAUCCCGAGGAAUGCAUGUCUGUGAACAAGCUAUUCAAGCUUUAUUAAAUCAAAAAGGUAAACAUAUUAAAGCUAUUUUAUAUAUAUCUGGUGAUGCUCUACGAGUUGUUGAUGAAACAAAUAAGGGUCUUAUUGUUGAUCAAACAAUUGAAAAAGUUUCUUUUUGUGCACCUGAUCGUCAUCAUGAAAAAGGUUUUGCAUAUAUUUGUCGAGAUGGUACAACUCGUCGAUGGCUUUGUCAUGGUUUUCUUGCUAUUAAAGAUUCGGGUGAACGUUUAAGUCAUGCUGUUGGUUGUGCUUUUCAAAUAUGUCUUGAACGAAAACAAAAACGUGAUCGUGAAUGUAGUGUUACCGUUGAAUAUACACAAAAUGGUACAUGUUUUACACGUUUUGGUUCAUUUCGUACAACAUCAAUAACAGAACGUCUUAUUGAUCCUCAAAGUGCUAUUAUUGCUGAACCAAUACCAUAUAAUACAACAACCACAUCAAAUCUAAUCAAUUCAUCUAAUCAAAAGAAUGGUGUUAUUGAAAGACCACGACCGAAAGGAACGGAUUCCGAUGCAUUUAUACGAAGUGCAUCACUUCGUUUAGGUGAACUUAAUCAAGCAGCAUUAGGUACUUUUAAACGACAAAGUUCAUUAAGACCCAGUGAUUUACCAUCUAUACAAGAAGCUAAAUAUAAAGAAUCAACUACAAGCACAAUUCGAGAAGAAGAUGAAGUUGAACCUGUACAAACAAUAAAUGAACUUAGUAAAUUAUCAUUAUAUGAUUCAACAAAUACAAAUGGUUAUACACAUGAAAUAAAUCAUUUUUCUCUUCCUACAACAAAACCUUCAUUCAUUCCAUCAUCAACAAAUUAUACAAAUCCAAAUGAAAAUAUAUCAUCAAAUAUUUGGUUAACAAAUCAAACAUCUAUUAUUAAUAACAAUGAUAAUAAUGUGCACGAACAAUAUGAAUCUACACCAAUACCACCACUACCACAAACAAUAAAUGAUGCAUUUAAUUCAAAUUUAAAUGCACUUGUUCAAAGUAAUAAUCCAACAAAUCCAUUUUCACCCUAUGGUUAUUCAAUAGCUGCACAAGCUCAAUCGCCAAAUAUUAAUCAUAGACAACCAACUAUAUUUACACCUAAACGUGGUACUAAUCCAUUUGAUGAUGAUCUCAUACGACGAUGA